UUUCCCCCACACAUGAUCACACUUGGUAUAGCUAGCUAGCUCAAUCGCUUACACACAAAUGCACACCUCUCUCCCUUUCAUCCCCCUCUCUCUCCUUCUUCUACCUCGCCUCUCCCCUCACUGGCCAGUAGCUACUAGCUAGCUAGCAAGUACGAUCUAUAUGUGAGCAGACGCAGAGAAGGAGAGGCUAGCCUGGUGGUUUGAUCGAUCGAUCAGCUUGGAGGAUCGAGUUGGAGCUAGCUGAGAGCAAGGAGGUUAGCUCGAUCUGAGGUAGCUAUAGGUUAUAGCUAGUUGGCUCCAUGUCGGGGGCGAGCCAUGACCACCUCCAGCUCGGCGGCGGAGACGGCUUCCCGUUCCGCGACGAGCUGGCGUCGCUGUUCGCGCAGCGGCCCGGCGAUGGCGGCAUGACGGGCUUGCUGCAGCAGCACACUUGGCCGACGUCGUUCAUCGACUACGAGGCGUUCGUCGGGGAGCUCGACGACGACGUGCCGCCGGCGGCGGGGCCGCUUCUGGAUGAGGUGAAGAGGGAGCUGGUGGUGGACUGUACUACUGCCGGCGUGGGGUUGUCCGGUGGUGGUGGUGGUGGUGCCGCGGCGACGGUGGGGCCGAUGACGCCGAACAGCAUGUCGGUGUCGUCGACGUCGAGCGAGGCGUGCGGCGCCGGCGGCGCCGGAGGGGACGAGGAGUCGGCCGGGAAGUGCAAGGAGGAGGGGGACGGCGACGACGGCAAGGAGGGAUCGGCGACGACCAAGGGGGACGCCGAAGGAGAAGACAAGAACAAGAAAGGCGCAGCUGGGAAAGGGAAGGGGAAGGGGGAGAAGCGGCCGCGGCAGCCGCGCUUCGCGUUCAUGACCAAGAGCGAGGUCGAUCACCUCGAGGAUGGCUACCGGUGGCGCAAGUACGGCCAGAAAGCCGUCAAGAACAGCCCAUUUCCCAGGAGCUACUACCGGUGCACGACGCAGAAGUGCCCGGUGAAGAAGAGGGUGGAGAGGUCGUACCAGGACGCGGCGGUGGUGAUCACCACGUACGAGGGGAAGCACACGCACCAGAUCCCGGCCACGCUGCGCGGGACGGCCCACCUCCUCGGCGCCGCCGCCGCCGCCGCCGCCGCGCACCAGCACGGCGGCCUCCAGUACCACCCCGCCCACUUCGCUGCCGGCAGGCUGCCUCCGCCGCCGCACGGCGCAGCACCGUCCGCCAUCGACGCGCUCGGCGGCCUCCUGGCGCCGCCUCCACAUGCGUCCGCGGCUGCCUACCACCACCAGCAGCAACUCCACGCCAUGCAUCAGCAGAUGCAGCUGGCGGCGGUGAGCGGCGGCGCCGCCGGAGUGCACGUCGCCAUGCAGCAGCAGCAGCAGCAGAUGCAGCCUGCCGAUCAUGCUGCCGGCUUGGCUGCCAUCAUCGCCUCUACCGCCGCCGGCACUGCUGCCACCACCACCACGGCGCCGCCGGGGAGUGCCACCACACCUCUCCGGAUGCAGCACUUCAUGGCGCAGGACUACGGCCUCUUGCAGGACAUGUUCAUCCCGUCGUCGUUCAUGCACAACGACAACACCACCAACCACCAUUGAUCGAUGAUCACUAGCUCGAGCUGGAUGGCCGGCCGGCUAGACGUACGCACACUGAUAGUGAUUUGCGUCUUGUUAACUCUCUCUUUUUUUGGUUCUGAACUUCUGAUCAAUAUGAGUGAUCGAUGCAUUCUACGAUGAUAUGAUCAUGAUCUAGCCUAGUAGUAGCAGCAGCAGCAGUAGUACUACUAGUAGUUCAAGUUGUUGUACAUGUACCUGAUUCUGAUGAGCUCGCACUGCAGACGUUGCACCUUGCACGUACGUACUGCAGUUUGGAGCAUUUUCAGAUACUGAAUACUGAUCGAUGAUGAUGAUGAGCUAGCAGUGGUAAUUUCAUGCUCUUGUUCCAUUCCUUAAUUGA